AUGGCAACUCACAGACCAAGUCUGUCCAAAACACCAACAACAUAUAUUCAGAAUGCUAAUACCAAUUCAUCUGAUCCAUUCGUAUCGUCUGAAGAUUUUUUAAAACGUCUAAGAGAAUUUCAUCGAUGUAGAGGUACACCAUUUCGAUUUUUACCAACAAUUGCUGGUAUCGUCGUUGAUCUACAGACGCUUUAUCAAGCAGUUGUCACAAAUGGAGGAUGGGAUAAAGUUAAUGAUAAACAGUUAUGGUCAAUAAUCGCUAAACAGUUUAACAUUGAUUCAUCUUGUUUAAAUGGUACACAAGCAUUAAAAAAUAUUUAUAUACGUAAUGGUGAAAACGUCGAUGCACAUGAUGAAGAUGACGAAGAUUCAAAACGGCGAACGGUGUCCCAUUUACAACGAGUACCACAUUCCUAUAAUUAUCAACAGCAUAAUAUCACGGAUCCAGUUCGUACACAACAUGGUUUAUUCCGCGAAUUUGUUCAACGUAGUGAAUAUGAAAAACUAGAGUUAUCCCUUUUAUCUGGCUUUCCGAAUGAGUUGACAUUUACAUUAAAUACUCUGUUACUUCUCUCGUCAAAUGAUAAUCAUCAUCCGCAACAACAACGUUCUCCACAAUUUCGAUUAUACAAAUGUCCACGUGAUAACAAAUUAAUUACAACCUCAACUCCGUCCAAUGAAAAUGGUGAAAAUGUUUCGUAUAAUGGUUUUAAUACAAAUGCAUUCGAUGCUGAUUUUGAUCAUGAUAUAUUUGAACAAAAUCAAGAAUUACGUAUUGAACAAAUUUUGAUGAUUAUUCGUAAUUUAUCAUUUGAUCGUACUAACUCUCAGUAUUUGUUAGCUCAAACAAGAAAUAAUCAAAAAUUACAAAUGAUUUAUCAAUUUUUAAUACUAACAGCAUAUUGUGAACGAAAAGAAAUACAAAAAUAUGCAUGUGAUAUUAUAACAAAUUUGGCACAAUUAAUUAAUCUCAAACAAAUAGAACAAUUAAAUGAAAAUAUACUCAAGUUAUUUAUAGAAUUAAUUCGUUCAAUGUUGUACGAGAAUGAUGAUCGCUUGAAAAUUAUUCGUUCAUUGGAAAUUAUUGCUAAUUUGACAUCUCAAGGCUUGGACAAUGAAUUAUUUUUAUUAGAUUAUAUUGAUAUUAUUGUUAGAAAACUGAUACAUAUUCCAGAUAUUCUUAUCUUAGUUCAUACUUUAGAAUGUUUGUAUAGAUUAAGUGAAAUGGGUGAACAGACGUGUAAUCAUAUACUAAAAGUGGAUAUUGUUGUUACAUUGAUUAAUUUUUUAACAAUUGAAGCAAGAAGUUUUAGUUCACAAACAAUAAAAACCAUAAAAAUUGUUGAAAUGUCAACAAAACCUAUACUAAUGUCCUAUCAACAACCAGUAUUAUCCACAGUGAAUGGCACAACUCAGCAACAGCCAUCUAAUCUAACUGUUCUUGUCCAAAUCACUCAACCAUCUUCUACUCAACAACAACAAAUGCAAUCUCAAACUGCUACAUAUGCUGUUGAAAAUACUGAAACAAAUAAAUCUUAUUAUGGAACGAAUAAUAAACUCCUUCUUCAACAGCAACAGCAGCAGCAACAACAACAGCAGCAGCAACAACAACAACAGCAGCAACAACAACAGCAGCAACAACAACAGCAGCAACAACAACAACAACAACAGAUACAAACCAAAGCUCCUCAAUGUUUGCCAGCGCCACCUCCGACAAUUAUGGGCGUAACAUCAUCUGGUAAUUUAUUAUCGGGAAAUAACGUUUUUUAUCCUCCAACUCAAAAUUCAACAUUAUCGAAUAGUGUUGGACAGGGACAACAAGCGACAACAAUCGUGGUUAAUAAUCCACAACAAAAACAAAAUAUCAACGAUGAAAGCGAAGAAAAAAAGAGAAAAUUAGACUCUAUAUCUGAGACAAUUGCAUCUGUCGUCAAUGGUUAUCCAUCCUCUCCAUCUCCGGCACCUUCAAUUGACAUUCAAACUCAACCACCUCCAGCUAAAAAAAGAUCUCGUUCGAAUCGUCAACGACGUAAAAGUAGUACAAGUAGUUGUACAGCAACAAAUGGAAAUAUUAGUUCAAGUAACAGUAACAGCAAUACGAGUCAACCUCAACUGUUGCCGCUUCAACAGCGAAAACUAGAGGCAACGAGUGGUGGAGAUGAUAGUGAAAAUAGUUCAAGUGAUCAUUCAUCGUUUUAUGGACAAAAUCCUAUUGGACAGUCACCAUUACUCAACUUAUAUCAACAAAUGCCUCAGCAAAAAUCAUAUAUGAAACCACUAUCAACAGCAAGCGAAUAUCCGUCAUUAGAAACAAACGAUUUACAAGCACCUACCACGAACAUCUUAUGUGAUCAAAUUUCAAGUAUAUUGCCUCCUGAACUACCUACCUAUGAUACUAACGAUAUAUCUUCUCCAACUCAAAUCAUUCAGUCAAUUGUCUUUGAUAUAAUUGAUCGUUGUAUACCGGCAACGGAUCAAGAAAUAACAGAUACUGUUAAAACAGUUUUAUUUGAUUUGUGUCAACGAAUUGGCGAACGACAAAUUAAUUAUAAUCAAAUACCAUCACCUGUUUUCAAACGAAAAAUGGAAACGGAUAAUAGUAGUGAACAAAUGAAAUUAAAACGAACUAGAGCAAUGAGAGCUGUGAAAAACUUAGAACAAGAUGAAACUAUGCCUCCACCGUUACCUCUUCCUCCUGUUCAUGAUGUAAAUGUUCUACCACAAACUGAAUCAAAACCAAAACAGCGUACAAGAAGUCGUCGUCAAACAAUAAAAGCUGAAAAUCAAAUUACAUCCGUUACCGUUUAUAAAACAGAUGAACAACAAGUACAAACACAAACCCCAUCUGUUCCUUCACAGCAAGCAAUCGCAUCUACUAUCACUAAUAAUAAUCUUGUUUUUGUUAAAAAUGCAACACCCUUGCCAAAUAUACUUACAUCGACAUCGGUUCAACCAUCAAUUGCGCUUCAUGCACAAGAACAGUAUGUGCAAGGAGCAAUAACACAGAACGGUGUAGUAGAAUAUCAGUGUGAAUGGGAACAGUGUAGAAAAUUAUUUUCAUCUGCACGUGGCGUAUUUCAUCAUUGUUGUUCUCAGCAUGUUAAAACUUCUGUUGAUAAUGUCUGUCAAUGGUAUGGAUGUGAUCGAAUAAAGAGGCAAAAAUGGGCACUUAUCAGUCAUAUACAGGAACGACAUUGUUCUGAAGCAGCAUUUCGACAUUCAGUUGCUAUGAAACAAAAACAACAACAGCAAAACGCUGCCACACCGCCGCCCACGAUCACAACUUCUACAAGUGGAGGUCAAAUUGUUCCUGGUUAUGCUCCUGAUGCAGCAUGGCUGGCUGUUCGAAGACAUAUGCAAAUACCAACAUUUGACGAAUUAUCAAAAAACAAAGAAGGUCCAUUAACGAAGAGUAUACGAUUAACAGCUGCAUUAAUUCUAAGAAAUAUAGCACAUUAUUCUGCGGCAGGAAAACAAAAUCUUCGUCAAUAUGAACAGAUCAUUGCUAAUUUAGCAUUGGAUCCAUCUGAAGCAUCAAAUGCGUUAACAUCUUGUCUAUGGGAAUUAUACAAUUGA